UCAUGGGGCCCCCUACUGACUCCGGGCCCUCGGGCAGUGCCCGAGUUUCCAAAUGGUCAGUCCGCCCCUGGUCCAAUCACAGCUGAUCACAUGGCACUGAUGAUCAGUGUGCCCUGAUGAUCAGUGUGGACCCAGAAGUGCCACCUGUCAGUGCUCAUCAGUGCCACGUGCCAGUGCCCAUCAAUGCCACAUAUCCGUGCCUACCAGUGCACAUGAAUGCCACAUAUCAUUGCCCAUCUGAGCUGCCUUUCAAUGUCACCCAUCAGUACCAAUCAGUGCCACCUAUCAAUGCCAAUCAGUGCCACCUAUCAGUGCUGCCAAUCAGUGCCACCUAUCAGUGUGCAUCAGUGCCAGUCAGUGCCGCCUAUCAGUGCCAGUCAGUGCCACCU